UAUCAGUCCUCCGGUAUGGAGCUGCAGAAAAUGGCUGUAGCAUUAGUAGCAUGCCUCUGCCUUCUAGUAUUCGGCGCCACAACUUCCCAAGCUGGCCACCCAGCUUACCAGGAUCCUAAACUAAUUAACCCUCUCCGCAUGAUGCCCGAAGCCUCCUCCGGCGACUCCGUCUCCGUAUAUAAUUGCCUGAGUUGGCGUCUGACCGUGGAAACCAACAACAAGCGCAACUGGAAUGGUGUCCCAGAAAUAUGCGGGAACUACGUUGAAAACUACAUGACUGGCAAGCAAUACGGUUAUGACUGUGAAGCCGUGGUUGAUAUUGCCAUCAAGUAUGUUAAGAGUCUCCCCAUACCCAGAGAUGGCAGGAGCAUUUGGAUCUUCGACAUCGAUGACACUGCACUUUCUAACUUGCCCUUCUUCUCUAGGCCGGACGUUUUCUUUGGGGUGAAGACGCUUAACGCGGAGUUGGAGGCUGAGUUUUAUGAAUUUAUUCUGAAGGCAGAAGUACCAGUACUUGAAGCAACUCUGAGAUUGUACCAAGCUGUAGUCGAGGCGGGGAUUAAGGCUGUCUUCCUGACUGGAUCAUCAGAACGUUCUGCAGAUGCAAGGGAUAAGAAUUUGAAGGCAGUUGGAUACCACACCUGGGAAAAGCUCAUACUCAAGCCCGACUCUGUAAGUACAUCAGUACAAGUUUUCAAAUCUGAGGUGAGGGAUCAGCUGGUGGCUGAGGGAUACAGAAUUGAAGGAAACAUUGGAGACCAGUGGGCUGAUAUAGUCGGGUCCAAUGUUGGUCGCCGGACUUUCAAGGUACCAAAUCCUAUGUACUACGGUUACUACUAAUUUGGGUGCCGGAGAUGCAACCCAAAGGAAGCCAGAAUUGAACUUAGCUCCUUGUCAAGGCGAUCUUCAUGAUCAUUGAUCAGUUUCUCUUAUAAUAAAUGGGCUUUGAACUAAGCUUGACUCAAUUAUGUAUUAAGUCUUGCUUGCCCUGUUCUCGUGUCAAUCGACCCUUCGUACUGGAAACUUUGUGUAUUUCCUAAGCAAUAAAUGGCUAUGCUGUAAUACAGCUUGAAAUGAAGGCCGACAUUUAUGGUCCCGUGUAA